AUGGCCGCCGUCGCGACUCCCCCGACUGCUCUCCCCAUGGUGUCUCCCAACCAGGCCCCCAUCACGGGCAAGCCGACGGCGACACCUGCGCAGCCGACCGUGCCGACCACGCCUGUUGGGCGCCCGCCGCUGUCUCCCACCACUUCGGCAUCGACCACCAUGUCCGGCUCGCCCCCUUCCUCGCCCAAGCAUGAGUGGCCCGACUGCGGCGCUGGCUCCCCCACGCGCACAGCGAGCAAGGGCAUCCCCGCCCUCGAGACACCCGUGUACCUCCUCCCGUCGUUUGUGAGGGACGACCAGACGAUCAUUGUGCUCAAGGGCUCCGCGACCAUGUUCGACAAGCGGCAGUGCGACGUGCGCGACGCCCACGGCAAGAUCAUUCUUACCGUGAAGGAGCACCUCGCCUCGCUCGUGAACCAGAAGGACAUUCUGGACCCCGAGGGCAACCUGGUGUACAGCGUGAAGAACAAGCGCACGUCUGUGAAGCGGACGUACGAGGUGGUGGACCCCUCGGGAUGUCUGCUGUUCGAGGCGAGGCACACACCUACGGAUAAGGACAAGAUGAGCUGCGUGUUCAAGGACGCGAACACGGGGCAGGACGCACGCAUUGCUGUCCGCGGCAAGUUCCACGCGGGCCGUGCCGACCUCAUCCUGUACGACAACAACAACCCCUCGGGCACCUCUGUCGCCGAGGUCCGCCACACGGUCGCCGGACCAAAGGAGGUUGUCAAGGACCCGAGCACAUACUUCAUCACGGUCGCCGCCGGCGUCGACCUCGGUCUGAUCGCGACGCUAUCGCUCUGCUUCGACCGCAUGGCCCAAGUCUAA